AAUUGAACCUGUGACCCUUUGGUGCGCGUGCUGACACUCUAACCACUGAGCACCCUGGCCAGGGCUCAACAUCCUUUUUGAUCCUGUUGGUUGGUGUAAUGCUCUGUUGGCAAAGAUGCCCAAAAUCUGGACUGAAGGCCUUCUCUGAUGGUGCCCUUGGUUCCUCUUGGAUUACAGCAGGUCCAUUGUUUGGUACUGCAACCCCCUGGCUCACCAGCUUGUCAUGAAAAAGCCCACCAAGUGAUGUUUGAGAACUGUAAACCAACUACCAAAAGACCCAUACAACAAAAACACCAUGACUGGCCCCUCAAUAACUGCCAGGAACUACUUUGACCGACUUAACUCUGCUGUGACCUGGCUCAGCUAGCACUGGUCUCAGGACCUCCCAUUGAACCUGACCCUAGACCACCUCCAGUCCUUUUAACCUCAAAACCCCUCAGCAGCUUUGGCUGCAGCCCUGUGAAAAGGGGUAGGGGGCCAGUGAAGGCCAGAGUGGAGAGGGGCCCUGCCUCAGGUCACAUAGGAAUUGGACCUUGAGCCUCUCUCCAUUCAAGACACUGUGAUCCCUUCAGGGCUGGGGCCUGCCCUUCCUCAUUGUGGCCAGAAAGAAACCCCCAACCUACACCCUGGUCUGGGCCUGGCUCUAUCCCAGGCCUGAGCAUUGCAGGGUUGAGAGUAAGCAGCACAGUGGGUGGGCAGGGGUGCCAAUGACAGCACUGCUCUGUCCCUCCUGGCCCUGCUAUUCAGCACAAUCAGGGUUACAGCCAGGGCCCCUCCCAGUCUCCAGAGCCACUGUCCCUUAGCAACAAACCAACCAGGCAAGACACACUGCCAACACUGGACAAAGCAGGCAGGAACCAGUGGAGUGACCAUCUGGAGGACUCCAGGACAGACAAGGCGAGUUGAGUGAGUAGGGGGCACCCGGCUUGUAGUCUGGCUGGCUGAGCAGGAAACCCACUUGACCUCUCUCUCACCCAGCUGCCCAGAAAGCCUGGACCUAACAUGGAUGCGGUGGAUGCCACUGUGGAGAAGCUCCGGGAACAGUGCCUGUCCCGAGGGGCCUCUGGCAUCCAGGGCCUGGCCAGGUUUUUCCGCCGCCUGGACCAGGACAGGAGCCGAUCCCUGGAUGCGAGGGAACUCCAGCAGGGUUUGGCUAAGCUGGGGCUGGUGUUGGACAUGGCUGAGGCAGAGGGCGUGUGCAGGAGAUGGGACCGUGACGGCAGUGGGACACUAGACCUGGAGGAGUUCCUGAGGGCACUGAGGCCUCCGAUGUCCCAGGCCCGGGAGGCGGUCAUUGCAGCUGCAUUCUCCAAGCUGGACCGCAGUGGAGAUGGUGUGGUGACUGUGGAUGACCUCCGGGGAGUAUACAGCUGCCAUGCCCACCCCAAGAUACAGAGUGGGGAAUGGACUGAGAAGGAGGUGCUCCGCCGCUUCCUGGACAACUUUGAUUCCAAUGAGAAGGAUGGGCAGGUCACCCUGGCUGAAUUCCAGGAUUACUAUAGUGGCGUGAGCGCCUCCGUGGAUACAGAUGAGGAGUUUGUUGCCAUGAUGACCAACGCCUGGCAACUGUGAGCAGUGUGCACUCUCAGCUGGCACCACUGUAGCAUAGAGGACUCUACCAUGGCACACCCUGAGCUUUCAGCUGGGCAGCCCCAGGGGUGGGGGCUGGAGGGGAGCAGGGAGGAUUGAAGCUGCAGAACUGGUUGGACCAGGUCUGAGGCCUUUCCCUGGCCACCAGCCCAAGUGGGACAAUGCCCCCCAGGCCUCAUGAGGCCACUGCAGAUGCCCUCCCCAACCCAGUUCUGCUCAGUGAAUGCUUGAUCUUGUUAGCACCCCCACCCCUGCCCUUCCUUUGUGGUCCCUGGGAAGCCAGGAGGCCCCUGGUGUGUGUGUGUGGGGAUGUUUGAGAAUGUGGUGGGGGGUGGGGGAUGGGAAGCAAAUGGCUCUUCUGUGAAGCGAGGCUCUGCACUGAAGUGGCAGGUCUUGGAAAGCAGCAGACUGCCCUGUCCAGGCGUGG